AUGGCGAAAAUAACCGUCAGGCACAUCGCCGAAAUGAAGCAGCGUGGGGAGAAGAUCCCCAUGAUAACUGCCUACGACUACACCACUGCCGUCCUUGCCGAUGCCGCCGAAAUUCCAAUAGUGCUGGUGGGGGACAGCCUGGGCAUGGUGGUGCUGGGGCACGAGUCAACCAUCCCCGUUACGAUGGACGACAUCAUCCACCAUACCAAAAUGGUGGCCCGGGGCAACAAGAACUCCCUGAUAGUUGCCGACCUGCCCUUCAUGACCUACCAGGUGGACCCCUCAGAAGCGCUGCGCAACGCGGCCAGACUUCUCCAGGAGGGAGGAGCGCACACCGUCAAACUGGAAGGCGGGGAGAACAUAGCCCCAACCGUCCGACGCAUCGUACAGUGCGACAUCCCGGUUAUGGGCCACGUCGGGGUAACGCCCCAGUCGGUGAACGCCUUCGGCGGCUAUCGGGUCCGGGGCCGCACUGCCCAGCAGGCAAGCCAGAUCGUUAAGGAUGCUCUGGCCCUGGAGGAAGCAGGGGCUUACGCGGUUGUUCUGGAACUGGUUCCUGCCCCCUUGUCUCGUCUCAUUUCCGAGAAAUUGACCGUCCCUACCAUUGGAAUCGGUGCCGGCCCGGACUGCGACGGACAGGUGCAGGUGCUUCACGAUAUGCUCGGCCUGUUUACCGAUUUUGUACCGCGACACGCCAAGCAGUACGCCAACCUGGGACAGACAAUCAGGGAUGCCUUUUGCCAGUAUGCUCAGGAGGUCAAGGACGGUUCCUUCCCCACAACCAGGGAGAGCUUUACUAUGGAUGAGGCAAUCCUGGCCGAACUUGAAGAUCUAUAG